GUGAGAUUCGUCAUGGCCCGGGCACCGGCACAGGCCCGAGGUAGCAGAGGUCUGAACUGCCUGGUCCGGUCACAGCAAACUGGAACCUCAGCACAAGAAACAGGUGACUUCUUCUCUACCUGUCACUGUGAAGAGACUGAGGAAGACACUGAUGCAGAUCAGGAAGCGGGGAUGACCGUUGACUGUCUGUCUGUUCCAAAACAGAAGUUAGCUCAGUCCCAGAAGAAAAUUAAUCAAUUCAUUAACAACAAAAUGAGCGUCAAAGCAAACAAGGAGCUGAUUCGGUGUUUCAUCCUCUCCCAGAUUGUUUUUGGGAAAGAACACUGGAAAUGUGCACAGGCUUUAGCCAACCUGGCUUACGGUUACCUGACACUGAGAGGCCUCCCAGCUCAGGCCAAGAAACAUGCGGAGAAGGCCAGGAACACACUGCUGACCUGGAAGCGAAACACAACCUCAGACAAGGACAAGAAGGAAAUCCUGGAAACUCUGGUCAGACUCUACUAUACUCUGGGGGUAGCCUGGCUCCUACAAAACCAUGGCAAACAGGCCUACAUCCACCUGCAGAAAGCAGAGAGAAAUAUGAAGGAACUGAAAGAAUUAAACAACGGUAACAUCUGUGGAAUCCAAGUCUCGGAGAAAGACCUAACCAUUGCGUUGGGGAGAGCCUCCUUGGCUAUGCACAGGAUGAACCUAGCUCUGGCGUACUUUGAGAAGGCGAUCUGCAGUGUAAUCCUCGACAAGGGUCACGACACGUCAGAUCUGAUUAGUUUGUACGAAGAAAUUGCUCAGAUUGAGCAGCUGAGGAAGAACCACAAACAGGCCAUCCAGUACCUGCAGCAGGCCUAUUCUAUCUGUGUUUCUUCGUUUUCUGAAGUCAGCCCCCAAACUGCUGAGGCGAGUGCUUUACUAGCAAAAGCUUAUGCCAUAUCUGGAUCAUCCCAGCACAGGGAUGCGGUUGAGAUAUAUUUUAUAAGAAGUAUUAGCACAUACCAAACGCUGGGCUCAGAAGACUAUGAAACACUUUCCGCCAUUGAAGACUUUUGUACGUGGCUCAUCCAAAAUGGUGAAAAACAGGAGGCUUACAGACUGCUAAAGUCUACCCUGAAUUCUGGCAACUUUGGUGACUGCGGCAAGAAAGUAGCCGAAACCUUUUAUGACAUGGGCAGCAUCUGUUUCGCCAGGGGAGAACUCAGAGAAGCGAUUGAGCUACUGAGCAAGUGUCUGAUGGUUCAGAGUCUCAUCUACGGAAGCGAACACAUUAAGAGCAUAGAGACUAAAAGCCUCCUUUCCCUUCUGCAGAGAUGGAGACUCAAAGAGACCUUAGAAAAAACAAAAAAGAAGCCAGCGGAGGAGAAAGUUUCCAGAAAACAGUAAUUACCCUAUUGCAAUGAAACAUUAAGGGACUGUAAACAGCUAGUGAGCAGACAAUUUCCAGUCUCAUGCAGCUUUAGCAAAUCCAAGAGUUAGCCUAGUAUUUGUGAUAAUGGAGACUAUAACUACAAGCCCAGUUCUGCAAAAAAGGUUGCAGAGUCCGCCCUCUUCAUAUUUUGUUGAUAAGAAUUGGUUGUUAUACUACCUUUUGUUGGUAUUUUGAGGGUGAAAAGGUAAAACGUGUAAAUGUGUGUGUCCCAUGACUCUGAAAUAUGAUUCAAAAUCCAUCCUUUGAGAUCUGUACACAAAUUAUGUGCAUGUCUAUCUUCACCUUCCUUAACAAUUUGUUUCUAAUAAGAAAAAAAAGGUAGACAAACUCAAAUGCCAACCAGAAGAAAGAGUGCUGUAUGUUACAACAUGGUCAUUCAAAACCAUCACAGAGAAUACCUCAGAUAUAUUGGAAGGAGAAAGAAAAAAAAUCCAUGUUGGUUUUUAAAAAUAUGUGAUUACUAAAGAUAAUAGUAUUAUCUCU